GCUUAGUGUAAGUCGUACCGUCGUCGGUCAGGGUUGUCACGCUGCUCGACCCAAUCGUUCGCGCCUCUCUGGGUGUCGUCUAUCAUCGCGCGGUUGGCAUUUGCCUAUAUCUACACUUCUACACACAGCUAGUAGUAGACGUACACUGUGCGGUUGGUGAGAAUCAAGAUAGCAGAACACCUACUGUGCAGCACAGUCAGUAGUGGAGGUAGAGGGUUGAUAUCGCCGUUUGAAGCCCAUCAGUGUUGAUACGGCUGCCCGCUAGCGACAACGACGGUGACGACGACGACGACACGACGCGACGAUUGCUGGCAUAUACGAGACAUCGUCAGACCGUGUAUUGCAUAAUCGAAAGUAAGAAGACGCGUGCGCGAGAACUGCAGGCAUUUCUAUAGUGUGUAGUAGAAAUCCCUGCACCGUCCGUCCAUCAUCAUCUGCAUAGGCACAGCCUGUCGAGCCGACGAGACGGACGACAGGAUAUACCACCGCACGGCCAUUUAUUCUUCAUAUGGAGUAAAGUAGGUCUGUGGGGGAGAAACGAACAAGUGCAUGAAAGUGAAAUACGGGUUCGAGUUUGGCCGCCGCCGCCAGAGUUAACUUGCAAGUUGUUUGCAGUAUUACUGUGAAGGACAACUAGCCGGGUCUAGAGUAGUGUGGAAACCGGGAGCAGGUGUCAGGUUUACAAAGUUACCCUGACAGUGAUUUACGUACCUACGCUACGCACCCGAUAGAAGGCAGUCCUCUUCCUCCGUCACUGCAUCAGCUGUUGGGACUGGUUCGUGAAGGUGAUCACAAGGUGGCAUCCAGACAGACCAGUAUUUCCUAAACGAGUAGAACGACGCGAGAGUCAACCUUAACGCGGAAAAGGCCAGGCGCCAUGCCUCACCGGAAUUCAUCGAGAGCGCAACGUAGGCCAUCCACCGGGGCUACGUUCGAAACCUGAAGGCUGUGCGAGAAGAGUUUUCGCUAUCCGCAGUCAGUCACAUUAGCGAAAUGAAGUUCUAGCAUUAGGUUCAUAGUGAAUUAUAUAACAUUUGUGAAACCGAGCUGUCGAAAUUUCCCAAGAAUCUAAUCGCAACGAAGUGAGUGAGAAUAUAAGUGUUGUAAUUGGUCAUUCCUGAAAUCGUGAAGAGAGCGUGAUCGAGUGUCGGAAACUACCGAGCUGUUCAAACAGCAGCAGAGCAGAAAAUGCUGAAUUCCAUUUCGAAGCAUCUGCUGCACUGCGCGUUGCUCAUCACGUUGCUUAUAUUUUUCGAAGUAUUUUCCGGCGGAAUAAAAGUCAACGAGAACAGCUUCGUAUCGGUUGAUCCUUGGGAGGAGUAUGGCACAAUACCGACCAUCCUGCUGUACACGUUACGGUUGCUUACGUUCCUUACGCUGCCUCAGGUGCUGUUCAACUUCUUCGGUUUGGUGUUCUACAAUGCCUUCCCGGAGAAGGUAGUACUGAAAGGGUCGCCUCUGCUGGCGCCCUUCAUUUGCAUCCGGGUUGUAACCCGCGGUGACUAUCCCGAUCUAGUCAAAUCGAACGUCUUGCGAAAUAUGAACACCUGUUCGGAUACGGGGUUGGAAAAUUUCCUCAUCGAAGUAGUUACCGAUAAGCCUGUGAAUCUGCCGAAGCACCGGCGGACCCGGGAGAUUGUUGUCCCGAAGGAUUACAAAACCAAAACCGGUGCACUGUUCAAAUCGCGAGCUCUGCAGUAUUGCUUGGAAGACAGCGUAAAUGUACUUAACAACAACGACUGGGUGGUGCAUUUGGACGAGGAAACGCUACUGACCGAGAACAGCGUUCGCGGAAUCAUCAACUUCGUCUUGGACGGAAAACAUCCCUUCGGGCAAGGACUGAUUACUUACGCAAACGAGAAUGUGGUGAACUGGCUCACGACGUUAGCGGAUAGUUUCCGUGUGUCGGACGAUAUGGGCAAGCUGCGGUUACAGUUCAAAAUGUUCCAUAAACCAUUCUUCAGCUGGAAGGGUAGCUAUGUGGUUACUCAGGUCCACGCUGAGAAGGAAGUCUCGUUCGACAACGGAAUCGACGGAUCGGUCGCCGAGGAUUGCUUCUUCGCGAUGCGCGCCUUCGCCAAGGGCUACUCGUUCAAUUUUAUCGAAGGUGAAAUGUACGAAAAAUCUCCGUUCACGCUGCUGGACUUCCUGCAGCAGCGGAAACGCUGGCUGCAGGGUAUCCUGCUGGUCGUCCACUCGCACACCAUUCCCCUGCGGAACAAGUUCUUGCUGGGCAUUAGCGUGUACUCCUGGGUCACGAUGCCGCUGUCCACGUCCAAUAUGAUCUUCGCCGGGCUCUAUCCCAUUCCGUGCCCGAAUGUGGUGGACUUUUUGUGCGCCUUCAUUGCCGGGUUCAACAUCUACAUGUACGUUUUCGGCGUCAUCAAAUCGUUUUCGCUGUACCGGUUCGGUGUGGUGAAAUUUUUCGCUUGUGUUCUCGGGGCCCUGUGCACCAUUCCGAUCAAUGUCAUAAUCGAAAACGUGGCCGUCAUCUGGGGGCUCGUUGGCAAGAAGCACAAAUUUUACGUGGUGCAAAAGGACGUCCGGGCGCUUGUUACGGUUUAAUGCGGGAAUUCGCGCGUUUGUUUAAGCUUUAUCGGUUUAAGAUAUUUGGUAGGGACAUAUUUCCUCUCGAUGGUGGCUGUUAGCGAGCCAUGGUCGGCAAACUAUUUCAUUACGCUGUCGGAAAAUAGGCUUCUAGGGACCCAUAACUUUUUGCGUAUGCGAAAAAGUAAGAUUAGUGAGUUAGCUGAUUAUCAUGGAUAUGUAUAUUUUGUAGCUCUUUUUAUAGUAUUUUGCUUUUCUGAAACACCAGGAAAGGCUUAUCUUUAAGUAAUGAAAGUCAUGUUGGUUUUUGUCUAAGAUUAUGACGGAUUACAUAUUUCAGGAACGAAUGGUUUUCGUUUCAUUUCGCUUUUCUGCUUAGUCGGAACAGUAGUAAUUUAAGAAAAAUGUCAGGAGCAGAUUGUGACUUCAAAUCAGGAGAUUUUCAUUGUUAUUUAUUUUUGUGUAUAUUUUUUGUAGCGAUAUUUUGCCGUGAUAGACAUUUUACGUGUAAAGUUAAUAUAUUUGAGAACUAUGUUCUCCAACGUGUAGAAUAUAUAAUUGGCAUUUUUCUCCUGGUCGUUUACGAAAAGCUGGGAAUAAUCUCCCGGAAUAAGUAUUCACGAAAAGGCUACUUCAUCUUCAUUAAGAAGUUAUCGUCUACUCAAAGCACACACUCAUUGGGUUAUUCAUUAAAUGUUGUUUGCAUCGCUUAACGUUCCAUAAAAUAGUAUCUACGGUAAACGAGCAGUUCACGCAAAAAAAAACUCGCAUCACAAUGGACAAAUUACUUACUUGAAACAACAUAAAAGCGCGAAUAAUAGAAUAAUUGCUGCUACAUCACCAAAACAGUCAAAUGAAUACGAACGUUUACAGCAGAACGUAGAUAUCUUACACACAUUUAAUCGAAAUUGAUAGCAGAUCAAAAACAACCUACGUCCACACACGUUGUUCAUUAUCUAUUUAAUAAUCUAGCAAUGAUGGCAAAGCAUAAGUAUAAAAAACGGAAACAAAAAAAAUCAAAAAACUAAACCGCAUGAAAUUUAGUCGAUAAUUGCUACUAUACCAUUGAUUGGAUGAAGUAAUAGUAAAAACUCACACAAAAUUGAAAAAAAAACAGAACAUAGAAAUUAUUCCAGUAUCGGUAGUGUUUUAGGCUUAAGGAAUGUUUCUAUACAUUUUUUCUAUGGAAACAGCCAUUUGAUAUGAACGGAAUAACGUAAUAGUGGAUGAGUUGACCAUUAUGGAAUCGUUCGGAAGUUAUGUUGCGUGAACUUUGGAUAUAAUCGGGCUACUUUCUUGUUUUGCCUAGAACUGUCUAUAAACGUCUAAAAUAAUGUCAUAUAUAAUGGUAUGACUACAACUAUUAUUCUUUUUUAAUUUACUCUUCUUCAUGUUAUGCCAAACGGCAUUACUUCAAAUGAGAAACACUCUUCAACACCCUUGCAAAAUUGUUUUUUUUUUCCAAAAAGGGAUUUGAACUUUUCAAAAAGGGACGAAUUUUAACAGUAACAAUUGGGCAGUGACAUUACUGAUUUGCGUUACUCAUUUAACCAAGAUGUGAUUAAAUUCGAAGAAUCUGUAAAUUUUAGAAAUUAAAAUUUGUGAAUUAUGUGCAUGAUAAAGCAUAUCUAUUAUUGGGCAAUUUACUGGGACAUCAUUUCCUUGGUGUGGAUUGAGCAAUUACAAUUACAAUUUACUGGGACAUCAUUUCCUUAUAUCCUUUGCGAAGCGUGACAUAAUGUACGAAUGAUUCGUCUCAAGUGCAGGAUUAUUCGAUAAAAGAACAUAGAUGAUAUAAUACAAUUGAUUCUACCUGUAAUUGAAUUUCAGAUACAUAUUAAUAAAAUCAUACGAUUAAAGCACAUCGACUA